AUGGGGCAGGCUGGUCUCAGUGGAGGUGGAGAGAUGGGGCAGGCUGCUCUGAGUGGAGGUGGAGAGAUGGGGCAGGCUGGUCUGAGUGGAGGUGGAGAGAUGGGGCAGGCUGCUCUGAGUGGAGGUGGAGAGAUGGGGCAGGCUGGUCUGAGUGGAGGUGGAGAGAUGGGGCAGGCUAGUCUGAGUGGAGGUGGAGAGAUGGGGCAGGCUGGUCUGAGUGGAGGUGGAGAGAUGGGGCAGGCUGGUCUGAGUGGAGGUGGAGAGAUGGGGCAGGCUGGUCUGAGUGGAGGUGGAGAGAUGGGGCAGGCUGGUCUGAGUGGAGGUGGAGAGAUGGGGCAGGCUGGUCUGAGUGGAGGUGGAGAGAUGGGGCAGGCUGGUCUGAGUGGAGGUGGAGUCAUGGGGCAGGCUGCUCUGAGUGGAGGUGAAGUCAUGGGGCAGGCUGCUCUGAGUGGAGGUGAAGAUACAUCUGCUCUGGGUCUGUGA